AUGCCGAACGACAAGGGAUGUUCGGAUCGCCCAGACGACCCCCGAGAUGGGAGCGUCAUACCACAGGCUCAGCCAGUCGAGGAUCUAGAAACAGUGCCUCUCUCUGACACACUGACCGAUCGGCAACUCAAGAUAGAUACCUCCCUCAGCCCAUCAUUGCAGGCUGAAUUCAUUGCUUUCACAAAGCCAAUACGGAAGUUUUUGCCUGGUCUUACGACGACAUGCCAGGCAUCUCCCCGGACGUCAUCAACCACAGGCUCAACAUCUGUCCAUCCUUCAAACCAAUCCGCCAGAAGCAGCGGGCCUACGAUGCAGAACGGUACGAGGCGAUGA